GGAUUCCCUUUGUAAUGGGCCAUUUGGUCCAAUUCGGAUUCUUCAAGCUCAUGUCACAAAUUUUAAUGUUAGUUGAAUGAACAUCGAUCAAAAGCAAAUUAUUCAAAGCGAAAGUCAAAAGAGAGAAAUAAUAUGGGAGAAACAGCAGAUGAAGAUGCUCUUCUCAAAGAAUUCUUUGCUGAAGUUGGUGAAGUUGAAAGAGAUAACGAAGUUAUCAGGAUCCUCUCAUGCUUCAAGUUAAACCCGUUUGAGUUUCUUAGCCUAUCAUUUGAUUCGUCGGUUGAAGAUGUGAAAAAACAAUAUCGAAAGUUAUCAUUGAUGGUUCACCCUGAUAAAUGCAAGCAUCCACAAGCAAAGGAAGCUUUUGGCGCAUUAGCAAAAGCUCAACAGCAACUUCUUGAUUCACAAGAAAGAGAGUAUGUUCUUAGUCAAGUAAAAGCAGCAAAAGAGGAACUUCUAUCUGUGAGGAAGAAGCAGUUAAAGAAAGACACUGCUUCAAAAAUUAAAUCUUUAGUUGAUGAGAAAUUUGAUCAAGAAUACGAGCAGUCAGAAGUGUUCCAGCAGCAGCUAAAAUUGAAAGUACGAGAAAUCCUAACUGACCAAGAAUGGAGGAGGAGAAAAAUGGCUAUGAGGAUAUCUGAGGAGGAAGGUAGGCUUAAGAAAGAUGAAGAGGAACAAAAAGAGAUGUGGAAAAGGAAGCGUGAACAUGAAGAACAGUGGGAAGGAACACGAGAAAAUAGGGUUUCUAGUUGGAGAGACUUCAUGAAGACUGGAAAGAAGGGCAAAAAGGGUGAGAUUCGACCACCAAAGCUUAAAACAGAAGAUCCAAACAAAUCUUACGUUCAAAGGCCAGUGAAACGAGGUUAAUGUCUCACCUGUGAAUUUCUGGGCUUUCACACCUUCAAAUCUCUUUACCAUAUUCCUUUUGUAAGUGUAAGGCAGUCUUUUGGGUUCUCGUGGCUGAAACUAAAGGACAAAAGAGAGAGUUAUUAACCCUGUCCCUGUACUUUAUAAGAAUGUAUGCCACAUUGUUAACGCUGCACCGACUCUUCCACCAUAAGGUCGCCAUGAUUUUUAUUUUGGUCUGAUGCUUUAUUUUCUUUAAUUCUUUUGGCACUGAAUUCGUGAAUUAGCCUAGUCAUUAGAGAAAUUCUUGUCCAUCUUUGUGAUCGAAAUUCAAGUUUUAUGUUAUGGUCCAUUGCAAGGUAUGAGACUUGCCCCACCUUAAUAGUGUGCAUUUAGUCUUUUGAGUGAGCUCUUACAUUUGCCUAAAAGGCGUAUAACGGACCAUAAUUUUCAAUGAUUAGAAUUUCAAAUGGAAAGAUUCUGUAAUUAAUGAGCUGAACAAAAGAACUAAAGAGCAAAUACAUCUCAAUACAAAAUUACACAAACAUUACUUCUAUAAUACAAAGAAACUGUCAUUCUCGGCAUGGAUUUGAUAUAACGAUACCUCACCUACAGCAAAUACACCCCCAAACUUUUGUGACAAAUACACCCUAAAGGAAGACGGGUAAAAUAAUAUAAGAGAAACCAAUCAUAAUACCCAAAACUAUCAACCUGAC